AUGAAGUUUUCGCAACCUAUUCCCUUGGCUAUGGGCUUCCUCCUACAACAUGCCUACGCCGAAAACUUUACUCAACCACUCUUGUGGCAGGACCUUGCCGACAUUGAUCUAAUUCGUGUCAACGACACUUACUACUAUUCAGCGUCUACCAUGCAUUUUUCUCCGGGAGCCCCCAUCCUCAAGUCCUACGACUUGGUCAACUGGGAGUACUUGUCCCAUUCUGUCCCGACAUUAGACUUUGGCGUCGCUGCCUUUAAUCUGGACGGUGGCAGCGCGUAUAACCAAGGAAUCUAUGCAUCUUCCAUCAGGUACCACGAGGCUUCUAGUAUCUUUUAUUGGAUCGGGUGUAUUCAAUACAUUGGAAAGACCUACAUCUACACCGCCGCUGCCAUUGAAGGUCCAUGGGAGCAGGCGUCUGUCAUCAGCGACCACUGCUUCUACGAUGCAGGUCUCUUAAUCGACCAGGACGACAUCUUCUACGUUGCCUAUAGUCAAUGGGUCCCAAAUGGUCUAGAUGCCCAAAUCAAGGUUGCGCAGCUGACAAGUGACCUGCAAGUACAACAAUCUCAGGUCGUCUUUAACACCACCGAAGAGAUUGGCUACAUUGAGGGUGCUCGAUUCUACAAAAUCGAUGAUACCUACUAUAUUUGGCUGACGAACCCUGGCGUGGGAAGAGGUCAGAUCGUCAUCAAAUCUACAAAUGGGCCCUUUGGAAAUUAUAGUGACUGGCACCGCGUGACUGCCAACAGCGGGACUCCUGUCCCAGGCGCCGGGAGCCCGUUCCAAGGGGCCCUGAUCGAUACGCCACAGGGUGACUGGUGGUACAUGGCCUUCGUUGACCGGUGGCCGGGCGGCCGUUUCCCCGUCUUGGCUCCCAUCACCUGGGACGACGACGGCUGGCCAAAUGUAGUCUUUACCGAGGAGAAUACCUGGGGCUCCACCUAUCCUUAUCCUCUCCCUCAUCAGGAUCUGGGAACUGUCGUCAAGACCGAUCUCUUCAGUGGUGACACCCUAGGCCCUCAAUACGAAUGGAACCAUGAUCCCGACACUACCAAAUGGGCGGUCGGGGAUGGACUCACCCUUGCAACUGCAACGGUCACUGAUGACUUCUUUAUGGCUCGAAAUACGCUUACCCACCGAAUUCUCGGGCCCGCCUCUGCUACCACGAUAGAGCUCGAUAUCUCCAGAAUGGCUGAUGGUGAUCAUGCUGGCCUCGUGGUCUUUAGAUAUAACGCUGGCUCGAUAAGCAUACUCAAAAGCCAGGAUACAACGCAAGUUCAAAUGAUUGACAAUAUCAUCAUGAGUCCAACGGAUGGCUGGCAUACGACGAGCAAGGGAGACGUGAUAGAGAGCGUCCAGUUGGCCAGCAACAGCAACAACGGCAGCAGCACCGUCUGGUUUCGAGUUUGGUGUGAUAUCAGUAGUUCGCCGGCCUAUUCCAACUUUUCAUACAGCACCGAUGGUACCACAUUCAUCGAAAUGGGUCAGACUCAUACAACCUUGGAUGGCGAGGUUUAUUUUGUCGGGUCUCGGUAUGGUAUCUUCAACUAUGCUACAGAGGCUCUUGGUGGUUCCGUGACCGUCAAGUCUUUUACUAUCAGCACAUGA